UCCAUCCUUCUUAAAGCAUUCUGGGUGGAGAAUUUUGGGAGUUUCCAUCCAUCUUAAAACAUGAUGGUUGGGGAAUUCUGGGAGUUGAAAUUUGACUCAGCCUGCAAACAAACUCUUAAAAUGGGAACAUCGCAGCUGGGAUCCAUUCUCAUUUGGGAUCCAAGAGAUCUGUUUGCAGUGAUGAUUAUCGCAGGAUGACAUUUGGCUUGACUCAAAGUUGUCUUCCUGGAAAAUCUCUCCCGCAGGUUAAGAUGAAAAGAGAAAAGAACAUCAGGUGGACGAUGGAUCUGACCUUGACCAAUGGGGACUGCAGUGAUUCGGACCCUCCCUCUACGGAGAAGGAUGCUGCAGACGCCAGCCUGGCGGAAAGUGUGACCUCUCAGAUAAAGGAGGAGGAGGAGGAGGAGGAAGAGGAGGCUGAUGACAUUCCCAAGCAAACCCAAAAGGUCCCGGUGCGAGGAAGCUCUGGCUGGGAGAACAGCCUGAGGCAGAAACCGGCGCCCCGGAUCGUCUUCCAGGCUGGGCCCGUCUCGCAGGAGAAGAAAGUCAAAGACGACGUGGAGAGCAUCGAAGGCUUCAAGGAACGUCACAAAAUCAGGCAUUCAAAACGGCUUUUUGGGUAUAUCCAAAAAAACUACUCGGAAGAGGAGAAUUCCAGGCAGCAGGAGAAGUCCGAGGUCCCAAAUGGCUGCAACUACCGAACAGCCAGAAUGGCGGCAGAAUAUCAGGACGGGAAAGGCUUUGGGAUCGGGGAACUGGUCUGGGGGAAGAUCAAAGGUUUCUCUUGGUGGCCGGCCAUCGUGGUGUCCUGGAAGACGACCUCCAACCGCCAGGCGGCCCCUGGCAUGCGCUGGUUGAAAUGGUUUGGGGACGGAAAGUUUUCGGAGAUCUCCGCUGACAAACUGGUGGGGUUGAUAUAUUUCCGGGAACAUUUCAACACCGCCACGUUUCAGAAGUUGGUGUCCUAUCAGCAAUCCAUUCUCCACGUUUUGGAGGUUGCGAGUAGCCGAGCUGGCAAGACUUUCUCUACCGUGGCUGGGGAAUCUCUGGAUGAGAAACUAAAACCUAUGCUGGAUUGGGCCAACCACGGAUUCAAACCCGCUGGAGAGAAGGGACUAAGGCCCCCCAAGACUUUGGACGUUAAACCCUUUCCGACCAUCAUCAUAGAGGACUCGAGCCCCCCAGAUCCUGAGCCCCCAUCCAAGCGACCUAAGACCUAUGGGUCUAGCAGUACCAGCAGUAAGGAGACGCCUGAGAACCGAUCCAGGGAACGGAUGGUUUUUGAAGCCAAAAAUAACAAAAAGAGCUUAGAAGACAGCUGCCUGUCCUGUGGGAAGAAGAAUCCGGUGACUGACCACCCACUGUUUGAAGGGGGACUCUGCAGGACGUGCCAGGAUCGGUUUCUGGAGCUUUUCUACAUGUAUGAUGAAGACGGGUACCAGACGUACUGCACCAUCUGCUGUGAAGGAAGCGAGUUACUUCUCUGCGACAGCGCCAAUUGCUUCAGCUGCUUUUGCGUGGACUGUUUGAACACCUUGGUGGGACGGGGCUCGGCCGAAGCUGCCCGGAAGGAAGAGCCUUGGAGCUGUUACAUGUGCCGGCCGCAACAGCGUUACGGCGUUCUGCUUCGACGGCGGGAUUGGAAUACGCGCCUGAAGGAGUUUUUCACCAAUGAGGAAGGGCAGGAAUAUAAGGCACCCAAAAUCUACCCUGCCAUCCCAGCCGCAAAACGGAAGGCCAUCCGAGUAUUGUCUCUCUUCGACGGCAUCGCUACAGGUUACCUGGUUCUGCGGGAUCUUGGCAUCAAGGUGGAGAAAUAUAUCGCUUCGGAGAUCUGCGAAGACUCCAUCUCGGUGGGCACCGUGCGCCACGAGGGAAACAUCAAAUACGUGCAUGAUGUGAGGAACAUCACCAAGAGACACAUUGACAAGUGGGGUCCCUUCGAUUUGGUGAUCGGUGGAAGCCCCUGCAACGACCUCUCCAUGGUAAAUCCUGCCAGAAAAGGUUUGUAUGAGGGCACCGGCCGACUGUUCUUCGAGUUCUACCACCUUCUGAAUUACACCCGUCCCAAAGCUGGAGAAGACCGUCCGUUCUUCUGGCUCUUCGAAAACGUGGUUUCCAUGCGGGUCAACGACAAGAGGGACAUCUCCCGCUUCCUGGAGUGCAACCCAGUGAUGAUCGAUGCAGUCAAAGUAUCUGCUGCGCACAGAGCCAGAUAUUUUUGGGGCAACCUGCCGGGAAUGAACAGGCCCCUGGUGGCCUCCAAGGGAGACAAGCUGGAGCUUCAGGAUUGCUUGGAGUACAGUCGGAGGGCGAAGAUGAAGAAAGUUCGGACCAUCACCACGAAGAGUAACUCCAUUCGGCAGGGGAGGUCCAAGACUUUGCCCGUCUCCAUGAAUGGGAAGGAUGACGAUUUAUGGUGCACAGAGUUGGAAAGGAUCUUUGGCUUCCCGCUCCACUACACCGAUGUGUCCAACAUGGGUCGCCUGGCACGUCAGAAGCUGCUAGGGAGGUCUUGGAGCGUCCCCGUCAUCCGCCACCUCUUUGCCCCCCUGAAGGAUUAUUUUUCCUGCGAUUAGGCUGCAGGGGUCCUGCGGUCUCCCGGGUGGAAGGAGAAGAGCCAAGACCCACCUCGACACCCCUCCCCCUGUAUAAAGGAGACCUCUUCCGCAGAAAAAUUCUUUCCAUCCAGAUCUUUGCGUUCCCGCUGUGCCAAAAAACAAAACAAACAACCAAACAAACAGAUUUUGGGGGGAACUGCAGAGAGGUAGCAUUCACCCCUCGUCUUGUGCGGAUGGGGAAACUGAGGCUGCUCGAAGAACCGUUUUUUGAACGGGCGCGAGAACCAAAGCGAAAACUUGAAAACGGGAAAACUGCAACUCCAGGGACACCCGUCUGCCUGUAGCAAUGAGCCAACUUGACUUGGGUUUCUCCCAUUGUUCGCACUGGGAAAAAAAACAGGGAAAUUUUUCUUUUUUCUUUUCUUCUUUUUUGUUUUAAAUUUUUUUUUAAAGAACGUAAGACUUCAGGGGGUUGGGGGUGGGGAGAGACUUUUACAGCCAUUUUGCAGCCGGAUGUGAAAAUUCCUAGGGAGGAAUUUGGGCUGGAUGCAAAAACCGGGCGAUAAUCCUACUACAUGGAGCCAAAAUGGGAAAGGAAAAAAAAAUGAACCGUGCCAUACAUACGCUGUUAUAUGUUUAAAUUACACGAUGCCUUUAAUGCGGAGAAAAAUGUAUUGGGGGGUGGAUUUUAGUGCAAAGGACACUUCUUCAACCCCGUUUCAAUUUUCGCUGGGCGUUUUUUAUUUUUUAAAGAGCUGUGCGAGAGCAUUUGCACAACCGUGGUCCUUUCAGAGGCAGGGAAGUUCCCAGCGGGCAGCGGAGGAAAACGGGAAACCCAUCGCAUCCCCCGAAAAAAAGACAAAUCUACAAAUGUUUACUGCGAUUUGCCCUUCGCUCUUCGAAGAAUCCAACCCCUUGCAGAGAGAAAGAGAGUUUAAAAGCUGCUACGAGAUUCUCAAACCCUAAAGCUGCGUUUCCAUCUUUGGGCCCCAGCGGACCUCACCGAUGCUGCUAUUUUCAUCCAUUUGAUGGUUUUCCUUGAGCGUCCGUUCUUCAAACCCUGAUUUCAACAGACCAGGAUAAGAGUUAGGGAGGGAGGGUGGGUGGGAUGGAUGCCACUCCCUGGGGGAUAAAGGCACCCUGAGAAUUUGUAGGAUCUUUCUGCUCACUCGUUUUCCUAAUCCGAAACUUUGCCAUGAUUUUGGCAAUCGGCGUUCCCAUGUUCGCCUUGGCGGGCAGGUGGAUGGGCUACACAUCGAUGCCUUACUCUGGACUUCCCAGUGUUUGUAUGAACCAAACCGCAGGAGUUGCAGGAGACAAGUUAACGCUCCUUUGCGUUCUCUGCAACUGGGACGCCCGUCCAAAAUCAGAUAUAUAUUGGAGUGGAAUAUAUACAUAUAUAUUCCCAGAUAAAGCAAACUCUCUUUUGAAACAUUGGCAGAAACGGGGUAUGGCGGUGAUGCCAGUGUUACUCUUGAACCAACUUCCAACUUGCCAUCAGAGAUGGGGGGCCUUUGCUUGGAUAUCAAGAUUGCCAAACGGGAGCUGUUGGGGGGGGUUCUCUCCUUCCUUUUCCUUGUCAGUAUUUGAGGUUGCUAAAGGAAUACCACUUCACGUUAUCCGACGACGCGGCUUCUGCGCACUCCAGAAGGCGUUGCCUCAACGGGAAGCGUGGAAAAAGCGUCCAGCUAUAGUCGGUUCUGUGCCAAGGGGAUUGCCCACGUCUGGCUCUCUGCCCACCUCUUUUGCCAGUCUUUCCUUUGCCCAACGCCCGCUGGCAAUUCUCCAGCUGCUGCUGGCAUCCCAAAGGAUGCUACGCCGGUAGGAGUGACAAGUCUCAGGGACGGGCAAGUGCCAUUGAAAACAGACGCCAGUACUUUAAGGGCAGAAGUAGAGAUUCCUUGGAGGUGUGUGUGUGUAUGUCGCGUUCCUGAGCCACUGAAAUCCCUGCCCGAAUUUGGGUGAAGUGUGUGUUUGUGAAUCCGUGCUUGUGCGAAUGCCGUGGGGUGAUCCCUCCGGGUGUGGGACAAUCAUUACUGUAUUAUAUGUUUUAGGUGCGUUUGCUGGUUUGUGAACGGAAUCCUUGGUCCUGUGAAUGGAGCUUGCAUGCCACAAGCGAACGAGGGUCAACGGGGAAUUCUGCAGCUCCCACCCCCGACUUGGGGGGCUGUUCAGGAGAUGGGGUUUGCAAGCGUGGGUGCUUGUAACUAGCCAUUCAAUGUGCCUUCUGCUUUUAUCUUCCCCCUUCACCCACUUUUGAAGAAUAUAGCGAAUUUUUCAUCUUCGGUCGCUGGAAAGAUUUCUAUUGGAUCCCUUCUGGUUUGUAAGAGAAUAUUAAAAAUUAAUAAUAAAAAGUAGCAAUAAUAAAAGCUCCUUUUUACGGCAUUUUUAAGAGAGAACAUUUCAGAAAUGACAUUUCCAAGAUUUUCAAAGGACCUCUUACGUUGGUGCUAUGUUUUUUUUUAUACUUUUCUAACAUCAAAACGGUGUUGUGUGCUUUUAUAUACUCUUUUUUUUUUAAAAAAAACUUUUUUUCUUCCCUUUUAAAAAAAAAAAGCUUCAUGGGACUGAAGCUCGACCCUCCAAAAAGGACGGCUGCAAGUGAGCCUUAGCGAGGGUGGGGGAAAUCCCCUCCUCUUUUUUUCCUUUGGUGUUCUUAGUGCUGAAAACGAAACGGUUUUGACACACAUUUGCC